ACAUUAAAAUUCGAGAAUAAACAGAUGAACUCUAGCUACUAAUUAGCUAUCCAAGUUACAGGAUAAUUGAUUAACUACUUUGUAUCAACGAAAAGAUAAUAUACAAUGAGACUUUCAAAUUCAUCAGAAGUCUAUCAUCUCAUCUCAUCUCAUCUCCUCAGAAUUUAUAAUAUAUAUAAAGAAUCGUUAAACAGACAAACUCCAUUACUUAAAAACUUAUUAACAGUAGCAAUGGAGCUCUGCAAUUCAACAAUCUCUAACAAUGGUCCAUAUGAAUUCGUCAUAACUUUGCAACCACCCAAAGAAGAAGAAGACCUCGUCACGGCUUCCGACAAUCAACUUGUUUUGGCUUCCAACAAUCAACCUGUCGAGCAAAACCAUCAACCGAAGGCAGAAGACGGACAGUCUCAUCAACCCGAGCCAAGAGUCGGACAUGUCGAAAAUUUGCCAACUCUUACCGAUGAGGAGUUGAAUUUCUUCAAAUCUUUCCCACCUGGUUACAGGUUUUGCCCUACUGAUGCAGAGCUCAUUGUUGAAUAUCUGCAAAAGAAAGUCCAUGAUCAACCUUUGCCUCCAAGCAAGAUCAUGGACGUUGAUCUUUAUAAGUUCAAUCCUGAAGAUCUCUCAGCUUUAUAUCUGAAUUAUGGAGAGAAGGAAUGGUAUUUUUUCACUCCAAGGGACAAGAAGUACAAGAAUGGAUCGAGACCUAAUCGAGCUGCGGGCGGCGGGUUCUGGAAGGCGACCGGAGCCGAUAAACCGAUAAGGCGUAAUGAUGUUGUCCUUGGAACAAGGAAGGCUCUUGUUUUUUACAGAGGAAAGCCUCCAAAAGGUGAUAAAACUGACUGGAUUAUGCAUGAAUUCAAAGUCGAAAACCCGCCUCCUACCAAGAAACCUAAGUUCAAUCCCAAGACUGAGGAACCUAAUAUGAGGUUGGAUGAUUCGGUAUUAUGUCGGAUUUAUAAGAAAUCUGACAGACAUAGACCUUCAAGAGUUGAUCACGAGGUAGGGUACGAAGUCGAGAAUAAUAAUGAUCUAGAACCUGAGGGGGAGGUAGACAAUGAUCAUAGUGAUGAUACUGAUGCCGGCGGCCAAUACUACUCGGAAUCUCCUCCGCCGAUGUACGAUCUUGUUCCGUUUGGUGGACAGGAAUAUCCAGGAUCUAUUGCUGAUCAGCUGCCAGUAACUGGAUUUUCUCCUGGAAGCAGUUACAAUUACAGUUACAGUGAUCAGCUACAUCCAGGAGGGUUUGGUUAUGACUCUUAUGAUCAUCAGAAUGGGAUGAUGGAAUCAGGAGAUGACAUGUGGAAUCAUUGGGCUCAUACUGACAAUCCUAAUCAGCAUCAACAGAGUCCAUAUCAGCAUCAACAGCCACACAUCCACCCAUAUCGUCAUCAACCGAGUGCAAUGUCUAAUAUGGUAAGUCUAGACAAUAUUAUCACAUCUCCACCGUGGCAGAAUAACCAGCCCGUCCAGCCGCAGCCGCCGCAGAAUAACCAGCAGAACCCGCCGGAUAAUAACCAGCAGCAACUGCCGGAGCAACCUCGCCGGGUCUUACCACAACCACCACCUGACGGCAACAAAUAAUGAAUGCUGUACUAACUACUUAGUCAGCAUCAGAUACCAGGGUUAUUGGUCCUUAUGGUGUCAAAAUUUUAUCCCUGUAGUUUAAAUUUAGUAGUAUAUAUAAACUUUUUUUUAUUAUUAAAUUAGUACCCUAAAAAGUUUAGAGUAUCAGUUUGAUACAGGCCAUACGGCCUAAUAACCCUAGGGUAUCACCUAUCAUCUUAGUUUUUGUUUUUGAUAUUGGUAGUAAUUAAUAAUUUUAGGACGAUUUUUAUCA